CUCGAAAGAGACUAGCCAAAACGGUAACGGGAAGGUGAGGGAAACGCGCUUUUGAAGAGGAACUUGGACAGAAAAGCUCGAGUCGGCUCUGAAAACAAAGACAUUCCCAAGGCAUUUCGUGUUGAAGAGAGAGGAGCCGACAGAAAGCAGUGAUAUUUGGGCGGUUUGUUUGCGAUGGGUAUGCGCGGGUCAUGGUGUUUGGGUGAUGUAGUUCGGUCUAUCUUGUACUUCGUACUGUUGGUCAUCUUCCCAGCCUCCCAAUGUUCGAAAGAAGUGAUGACCGGGGACUGGUAUGUGGAAAUGCACGGCGAUGGAGGCGUCGAAAUGGCUCACCUUAUAGCCAAAAGAACGGGAUUUAAAUACGUAUCACCGGUGCUGGGAUCAAAUCGUGAAUUUCAUUUCACACACCCAGCGGUCUCACAUGCGCGCAUGCGCCGAAGUGUCCAUCACACACGGAUACUAAAAGCACACCCAAUGGUGAAGCGCGCAAUUCAGCAAAGUGGCUUUGUUCGUCACAAAAGAGGAUAUAAACCAAUCCAAGGUGUACUUUUAAAAGAUAUAAACGAUUUCUCCGACUUACAACUGAAGCAAGACGAGCCCACAGAUCCUCUAUAUAAAAAAGAAUGGUAUUUGAAAAAUGUAGGCCAGUCUGGUGGAAUCCCAGGUUUGGAUUUAAACGUCUUAAGCGCUUGGGAACAAGGGUUCACCGGCAAAAACAUCACCACAGCAAUAAUGGAUGACGGUAUUGACUACUUACAUCCCGAUCUUAAGAACAAUUUCAACGCCAAAGCAAGUUACGAUUUCAGCAGCAAUGAUCCUUUUCCAUAUCCUCGAUUUACCGACACCUGGUUCAACAGUCACGGCACCCGCUGCGCAGGCGAGGUGUCGGCCGCCAGAGACAACGGCAAAUGCGGUGUGGGUGUGGCUUAUGAUUCCAAAGUUGCGGGGUUACGCAUGUUGGACCAACCAUUCAUGACCGACCUGAUUGAGGCAAACGCCAUGGGCCACAUGCCAAAUGAUAUCGACAUCUACAGCGCUAGUUGGGGCCCAACAGAUGACGGUCGCACCGUAGACGGUCCGCGAAACAUGACCAUGAGGGCUAUCGUAAAAGGUGUGAACGAGGGACGUCAAGGACUUGGUAACAUCUAUGUGUGGGCGUCCGGUGACGGCGGACCGGAUGAUGACUGUAACUGUGACGGGUACGCUGCGAGCAUGUGGACGAUCUCCAUCAACUCGGCCACCAAUGAUGGUCAGACUGCUGGCUAUGACGAGUCCUGCUCCUCUACCCUCGCAUCGACCUUCAGUAAUGGCAAGAGCACCUUCCGCGAUGCCGGCGUGGCCACGACUGAUCUGUACGGAAACUGCACGACUACACAUUCGGGAACUUCCGCAGCUGCUCCGGAAGCAGCCGGGGUUUUUGCGCUGGCGCUGGAGGCAAACCCUCGACUGACCUGGCGUGAUGUCCAGCAUUUGACUGUGCUGACGUCCAAGAGAAACAGCCUUUUUGAUCCGUACGGAAAACAUCACUGGAAAUUCAACGGUGCUGGCCUUGAGUUCAACCAUCUGUUUGGUUAUGGAGUUCUGGAUGCCGGCUCCAUGGUUCACCUGGCCAAGGACUGGAAGACUGUCCCGGAGCGAUUCCACUGCACCGCAGGAACCAUCUCUGAGAAGAGAGCCUUCAGUACCGGAAACCCUGUCCGCUUCCACAUCAACACGGAUGCCUGUGAAGGGAAGCCCAAUGAGAUCAACCAUCUGGAGCAUGUACAGGCCUUCGUCACCCUCAAGUCUUCCGUUCGAGGCCGCGUCGUCAUGCACCUCACCUCACCAAUGAACACCACCUCAAUGAUCCUGAGUCCACGUCCCAAUGAUGACGACAGCAAGAACGGGUUCACCAAAUGGCCAUUCAUGACCACCCACACCUGGGCGGAGCAGCCCCGCGGCCGAUGGACCCUCAAGAUCUCCCUCAACUCCGACAACAACCAGGAUCAAGACACCGGCGUUUUCUUUGAAUGGAACCUCAUGCUGCAUGGCACCAAGGCUUCCCCCUACCACAAGCAGGUGGCGGACAACAACGUCCAUUCCAAGCUGGAGACCGUGAAACGCCGCACCAAACAAUUUAUAUAAAUGGACCUUAUCUUCCCAUCGGACAUUCGCUAACCACAACAACAACAGCAACAUGCCGUCGAGACAUGAUGGUCAGCGUACAACAGUCCCACCUAUCCCGAACAAAGCUUUAGACCAUGCCAUAUUCUAAUUUUGGGCCGAAACAAAGGUAUGGUUUAGCCACAUAUCUGACGAGCCUUAGCCCAGUGAUUGCGGCUGAACUGUUAAAGUGAAAUUUCAUAUGCUUGGUGAAGUUAAACUUAAAGAGAAUGUUGAUUUAGCUCGCGCAUGUACCAAAACUGUUGACUUGGGCGGACAAGGAAGUGUGUUCCACAAUAGUCAUCCACCGAAAUAUUUUUGAUUAUAGUUUAUUUGUCUGUGAUCAAUAUAACAUGAAUUGGUAUGAAUCAUUUUUCAAAUUUCCAACCACCGAGUUUACAUGGAACCAUUUGGUUCUUGACCUCAAUGCAAAUCUGGUGUCAUCUACCGCAUGGGAACCAAUGAGACUUUUGAUAUUAUUUUACUGCACGCUUGAGGUGAGCAGCGUCCCUACGCAGACGUGACGUACCAAACAGUAAUAGACUAGACCGUUAACCUAAACUGAAUGGACAAAAUCCAUGACAAGAAUAUCAUAAAACGCGAUGAACACAUAAGACAGCAUGCCCAACUGAUUUGGAGUUGGCGAAGCUGUCUUAAUAUCUCCAAACCAGAAAAUAGGUGUUGAAUUUGCCUUUAUUUUUCCCUUGGUUGAAUCGUUAGAAUGUUAUGAUGACCACACGAAUGGAGAGGGAUACGGAUACUUAUUUCACAAAAUGUCACGCAAAAACUGAAAUGAUUCGAGAAUAAAGCCAUGUAUAUUUCAAGAUCGCAAAAAUACGGGGGAUUUUCUCCAUAACCAUAAUUCUUUCCUCGUAAUGGGAGUAGGACAGCAAGGGAGGGAUGUAUUUUAGGAUUAAGACUUCGAGUUUACCAAGUUAAAAGAAUUGUUACUAUUGUCAAGCUAGACCUGUAAAAAGGUAUAAAAGUUUUUUUAAUUCCCAUCAGCACUGAGCACAUUUUCUUCCAAAAACACAACAAAUUAAAGCUUAUUAAGGCAGAAUGUUUCUCAUUUGCCUUACCUCCAAGCCUUGUAUAUGUAGACAAUUUCCACCAACUUUACUGUUAGCUUGUUUUAGUACUUGCUUUUUAAAUUUUUAACUGAUUUUAGCAUUUCUCUUUAAUUCCCGUUAAUGUUUUUUGUAAGUCUGCGUACGCCUUUUGGGAGCAAGAUCGUAUGUAAAUAUUCUCUUCCACUAUAUCUGACCUACCUGGUGUUAUCACAGCUUCGUUUAGGAAUGUCCCUGCGUAUAAAUUUAUCACGUGGUGAAAUGUUUGUCUGUUGUAAACUUAUGUCGAUCAGUGAAACGUCUGUACAUCUCGUGAUAAAGUGAUAAACAUAUGUUUAGAAGACUAGAGCUGAAAUACAUGCCUCAUCUUUUUGGAAAAUCUUCGCGUCAGGGAUUAAGUGGCAUAUAUCAUCAGAUGACGGUGUCCCUUCGAGUCGUGACCACAGUAGGGCCUACUACGUGUAGCCCCUUUCUCCUACCCAUCUGCCAUAUACUUGACAUUUCUGUUUCCCAAAGUCUACUGCACGGGUAGUGACUUAGGCUUCUCUGUUGUGGGUUUAUUGACUGCCUUACAUUAAUGGCUAAGUGUCGCCGAAAUCUUUCUUGGAUGUAAUGUAAGAAAUCUCUAAUAAACAGUGCCCAGUGGGAUGACCCGAGAUUUUUUGACAAGUGUGAGGCAUGCCCAACCAGCGUUGCAGUCACUAAUCGUCUUGUGCAUCCCUAUAUAUACCAAGUAUGUUGUAGAAAAUAUAAACAUAGAUAAAUAUAAAUCAUGGAAAGGAUCUAAUACCAAGAAAGUACAAACUAUUUUUGUAAAUAAAUGGAAAGAGCGAAAGAGACUUAUUUUCAGUACCGUGAUUGUAUAUAAUUGUAUAGUUCAGUAGCGUAGCUCAUAAAAUUCGUGUAUUGCAAGAUUUCUUCGGUUUAUGCCUUGGCUGAAACUGGGUGAUUUUACUUAUAGACCAGCUGAUUUUUCCGCAGAGUCGUUCGGAAGGUUUAGCCCAUUUGCUUAUACAAGCGUUAAAGAUAAUGUUUGUCAAAGGGAGUACAUUACUUCUGACUUUCCAAGUACGCAGUACCGCAGGCCACAUUUUUUUUCAUAUACUCAACACUUCACUACUUUGGGUCACCAGUAAUUCACCUGGAAAAUAUGAAGUUGAUCGAGUGAAAGGAGGUGAAGAAAAGACACAGGCCUACAUGUGCAUACAUGUAUACAUAAGCCGACAUGUACAGAAAUUUUUUUUCUUUUGUAGUUAUCGGCCUUUAGGACUAUCCAAUAUACAAGUAAAUGUAGGCCUACAUAUAAAUUGCCCCAAAACAUUCUAGAAUAAAGUAAUAAUUUCAUCUCUUCAUUUGAAUGAAGUUAAUACAUUUAUUUCGCAUCGACCUGUGUGAGGUUUAUUUCAAUAACUCACUCACUGACAAUUUUAGUCUGUACUUUUCAUUCCUUGUUCUUUGAUAGCAGGGGUUGCAGUAUUAUUUUUUCUAUGGUAACCUGCAUGAUGCGACAGGUAAAUUUUCUUUUACCUGUUUAAACAUUUCUUGGCCCGUACAGACUUGCUAACAACUGCCGUCUGUGGAUCAAAAGAUGAUAAAACGGUUGUUGAUAUAUAGGUUAAAUCCAAAUGCAGGGCUUACAUUAGAAGAGAAGAAUUUAUUGUUCUGUGCUUUAAUUAUUGGCAGUAUAUAAUAUAAAUCUGAAGUAUUUCUGUCCAUAUGUUGCUAUCUGAUCUCAUCAUAUUUUUUUUAUUCCAUUGCAUUAGCUUCUCUCUUCACAAAAUCAUAGGUACAUGUAUAUGUCAGAAUGAUACAUUAAAACUGCAGACUGACGAUUCGUGAGGAAUUGAUAUCAGACAUUGGGAAGCGAUAUUAUGAUGAUUUUGUGCAAAACAGAAGCAAAACUUGGAUUAUAGUAAUCAAAAAGAUCAUUUUUAACCCUUUGCUACAUCUUCUUCAUGGCAAACACUCGAGAAUGUCCCAAAGACAAAUAUCACGGUAAACAUUCUCCAUGGCUGUGGGUGGUGGCACAUGAUAUUUUGCUGUAGCCUAAAGUUUCUGAAAACUAACACGUGGUGGUGAACGUCGAGCACAUGGUUCGCUGUGGAGAUUUACUUUUGACUUUGGCAGGACUGUAUACAGUACACUCUGUUUUAAUUUCAGAAGCCUAUCACCUAAUUUUUAAGCGUAUUUACGCCUGCAUUCCCCUUAUCUGUAGCACUAUACAGUAUAGUAUCCUCGCUAUGAAGUCUGCUUACAGGCUUGCUUCACAGCAAGCAGCAAACUUAUAAAGAUAAUCCUUUAACAAAGUUCUAUAGUGUGGGCCUAAAUUUUAACACUCACAAAGCUGCUUAUAUUGGAAUCCAAGGCGUAACACCAGCCGGAUCUACGUUAAAUCUGCCUUCAGUCGAGAUGAUGCCGUGUGAGACUCUCGGCAUGCCAAUGAAACUACAGAAACAACAUCAGAAAUCCUGAUAUAGACAGUUUAAAAUAAAGUUCAAGCUGUAGUGGCGAUGGAUUUAAUUAUGGGAAAUGUAAGUGCCUUUAGUACUGUAUAUAUAGUGUAUACUGACAAAGGCUCAGUCAUAAUUUGAGGGUUUUGAUCGCGAUAUCGGCCUUUCACUUUGAAUUUUCGUAUUACUCUUGCAUUUAACGUAAGGUAUACAUAAUAGAUAGGGAACUCCAUUUGCUGAGCUUUAGUGGUGGGGAUCGAACAGAACUUAAGUCAUAAAGAAAAUGUGUCUGCCAUAUGUCAAAAUGGAAUCAUCGCGAUGAAAAGGCUCAGAGCGUUGUUUGGGCUAAUGUCCAUGAUUUGUCGCUUGAUUGAUCAGUCACGUGAUUGUCAUCCAAGUGAUUGAUGUUUCAUGUGACUACUUGUCAUUGAGAAUCGGUUAUCACGGUAGCAACAAUAACAACGGGUCUAUUUUCACUAUAUGUUAUGUAUAUGAUACGUAUACAAAUUAUAAACUCAAUUCCAGCGAAAUUACAGGAACCUAGUAGAAACUCGUUUUGAAAUGAAACUGUUCCGGACACAUUUUAGUUUACUGAGUAAUAGGCCUACAUCUAUUUGUAUUGAGAACAUGUUGUUAAUUUGUCGUUGUGGAAACCAUACUGUUUUAAUUUUAGUCUUGUUGCACGUACCCGCAGCCAAUGCAGAGAAACUUCCCUACGAAAUAACUUAUCGUGUGGUAAGAUAUCUUCAAGCAAACUUUUCCAUUUUACCAAUAACAUAUGUUAGAUGCUCUACUGUGAAACUUUAUACUGGAUCUCUAUACGCAGUUAUCCACUCCUGUGCAGCGCUCUCCUUCCUUCUUCUUUCGUGUUGUUGCUGUUUUCAUAACUAUGUAUUAAGAUAUAUCUGUUAACUGUUAUACCUAAUAUCUAGCAAGAAAAAUGCUACUAUAUUUAACGUUACUUGUUGUAUUGUAAGGCUAGAAAUAAAAUAUGUUGAUGACAAAAAUGGCUGUGUGGGUGAUUGG